AUGUCAUCCAACUUAUCCCCAUCAAGCAAUGAAAUCCACCUAGUUCAACGCCAAGCACAGCCUUCCAACCACGCUGGGGAGCCUCAUACACCCACAAGCGAGAAUUCCCUAGCAGGUGCUACGGCCUCGCAUGAGCGCGCAGAACAUCCCCUGAAAGCACCCUUAACAUCAGCCGGUUCCUCACUAAGAUUAGAGACUUCGGUCAGAUUUAGUAGUAGGGCUGGUGGCGAUGGCAAUAUAGAAGGGGGAGGACUGGGAAGAGGACUAGAAAAUGAGGAUUUGGGCGCUAAAUUGUCUUAUUGGCAAUCCCGGCAGGAACAUGUUGAUGCGAUUGACUUUUACAAGUUCGCUCAGAAUGGAGGGACCACUGCUGGUAGUGGGAUUGGUGGUACGGAAAGUACGGCAGUUGGUGGUGCUGGCAGUGGUGGUGCUAUAGUGGACAGCACUAUGGAAAGUGCUGUUAAAGAUUCUGCCAAAUAUGCUGCUGCAGAAAAUAUAACACCCGCUACAUCCAUACUGCUGUCUGGCCCUCUCGCUGCUGCAGCUGCUGCACAGUCUCCUGUAUCAGAGAAGAUGGUUACCAUAGUAGGGAAGAGAAUACUACCACCACCUCCAUCGGCAAGGACGCAAGGCUAUACAUCUACCGUGGGAGGACCCAGUGUACCGGCACUACCACCGAAGGUACCUGUUUACAAAACCUGGUUUAACGUAGACGACGUUCCGAGGGUUCCGCCCAAGAUUCCGGUAUCGAUAGGGAGCCAGGAUACAGAUACUUCUUUCUACGACAGUGAAAAUUCAAAUUAUACAACCACGACCACCCCAACUCCUACGCCUUGGACUUAUAGAUCACCGCCUCCUCCGCCUCCUCCACGACUAUCUGGUCAAUCUACAAACACAAAUAACCCCCAGUCUUCCCGUUCAUACCGUCAAGAAGCAAAUAAUAUUAUAUCCAAGUACACAAAAUCGCUCACUCACACUUCACCAUCAGACGGCGACACCGAAGCCUUAAUAGCCGACAUCAACAGACAAAUCGACUUAGAAUUCAAAAACUCUAGCCUAACAGAAGGACAAAAGAUAAAUGCAAUUGCAAAAUAUGUUCACGAACGUGAAAAACUUCGGGCUUCACCGCCUGUCGUGGAACCGAAGACAAGGUCGUCUAAAGAACCGAAAUCCCGCCUUCCGCCUCCAUCACAACCAUCACCUGAGCGCCUCAAUCUUCGAAGUGUCAUGACGUCCAUGCAAAAAUCUACAAUAGGCUCUCGUACAUCACUAAAACUCGGCGUCGACCUUGUAAUGCGUUACUACACGUCGUCUACAAACCUGACACCAACGCACCUAACCUCCACCAUCUCUAAUCUUUCGAAACCAAACGGUCUCGGUCUUGCAGAAGUUUCAAUGGGCUUUAGUUUUGUUCACAUGUGCAUCCGCCUCAACAAACUCGAACUUGUAAAAGAACUCGUCGAAGUCGGUGGUGCAAAUCUAAAGGAUUGCGAUGAUAAAACUCAAACGCUGAUCAGGAACGCCAUAUGGUACGCCGACGCGGAUAUGAUCGAAUACCUAAUCUCAAAGGGGGAAGAUAUAAACGCCCGUUCUCAUCACGACAGUAUAUCGCCCCUCCACCAUGCCGUUGCAGCACAUAAUCUCGGUGCCCUAGGGGUAUUAAUAAGAUCCGGCGCGGACGUUAACGCCACUAUCAGAAAGAACAGGAAGGACAUCGCAUUAAUAUGUCGAAAGAAAAAUACCGACCCAGAAAUAAUGGUCGAAAUUUUACAAACGCUUCUAGCAAACGGCGGGAGAGUUGCAAAAUCUGCAGAUGGGGGGAUAACGCCCGCAUUAUUAACCGGUGCGACGGGUAAUGAACGGGUGUUAGAAAUAUUAGAAACCGUAGGGGUGGAUAGGGAAGAUAUCAACAAACUCCGCGAAUUUGCAUUGUCCGCCGCAAUUCUAUAUAACGAUGUUUCGAAGGUUCAGCAACUUAUCGAAGAGGGGUAUGACCUAAACAGACGCGAUAUCUUUCGGUGGAGGCCCUUGGAUUCGGCGGUCAGCUAUAAAAGGGGGAAGAUUGAGGAGAUUUUGUCUGCUGCUGGAGCACUACCGGCUAGUAAGAGGAAGGAUAUGGAAAGGAGAAAAAAGCAGGGCAGUGGUGCGGAGGAUGGAGGCGAGGAGGAAAGGGGCAGUUCUGAUUGGAGCGCGGCUGCUAUGGGGGAUAGAAGCGAUCCUGAACAGUGGGAGGGUGGGAAGGAUCUUAGAGUCAAGGGGAAAGGGAUUUUUACAAGAGGUAUAUAA